UCUUACGUGGAGCCCAACGGUAAUUCGGUGGAAGCUUCUUCUUGAAGGAAAUAAAUAAAAUGAAAUGAAAGCUCGACGCAUCAAAAAUCAGGAACAGACUUCGAAACUGAUCCUCAAAAGGGGGAAAACUGUAAUAAUUUUUCAGUGAUAACGAAAAAGGGAGGCUGCCGAUCUUUCAAAAUUUUUUUAUUUUAUUUUUGUGUAUCUAAAGUUAAUUUCUCAUCCAUUUUGCAGUCAUUGUCUUGUUUUUAUUUAGUUGUCAUCGGAACUACAGACAACGACUCCCUUUUAUUAAAACACAAAAAAACUUACCGUCCUCACCUUCUUCUCUUCAUCUUCCCCAAACCCCCCAUCGGUUUUAGCUCCUCAGUCAUAGAUGUGAGGAGAAAGUAUAUUUUGUUUAGAUUUUUGGUGAGUUUAGUUGAGAAUUUUUCUUUAUCUACACUUUAUGAUUAUUUUAUUAAUUCCAACAUGGCUCUGGUGAGUGUUGUGCCUGCAAUAACUGAAGGCGUGAACUCGAUGAGGUUUUGCGACGUUAGAGCUCCGGGGAUCUUGUCGAGUGGAAGAGAAAUCGUGGAGGAAACGGUGGCGUGUAUAAUUGAAGAGAAAAUCUAUGUGGCGGUGGGCAAAAAUGUGGAUAAAUAUAAAUCCGUUUUGUUCUGGGCUUUACAACAUUCAGGAGGAAAAAAGAUUUGCAUAAUUCAUGUUCACCAACCCGCUAAGAUGAUUCCGGUUUCUGAAAUGGGUACAAAAUUUCCAGCUAGUAAACUCGAAGAACAGGAAGUCAAGGCAUACUGGGAAAUUGAAAGAAAAAAUAUGGAGAAGAUGCUGAAUGAUUACCUUCUGCUUUGUCUUCAACGUGGGGUGCAAGCAGAGAAGCUGUACAUUGAAAGGGAUUCUAUCGAGCAGGGGAUUUUGGAAAUGAUAUCUGAGAAUAGGAUCCGUAUGCUUGUAAUGGGAGGAGCAGCAGACAAACAUUAUUCAAAGUAUAAACCACAUAAGAAAGUUGUUGACCUCAAGUCCAAGAAAGCCAUCUUUGUGCGUGAAAAUGCACCUAAUACCUGCCACACAAUAUGGUUUCUCUGCAAAGGGCUUCUUAUCUACACAAGGAAAUUAAGUUCAGAUGUAACUGAUACAAAGGUUGCAUCAUCAUCACUGCCAGCAAGUCCAAACCUUGAAUCUAGUGAAAAUCACUUCAGGUCACAAUCUGUAAUACUGCGACAAACUAGUCGAGUAAAACCCUCUACUUCUGCACCGGAUUCAUUGCGUAGAGUAAGAUCUGAAAAUGUUUAUGGGCACGUGGGAAGUACACUGGGUUUUCCUUCUCCUGAUGGUAAUGAAGGGCUAUCAACUCCGUGGAACAGAUCUGAUGUAGAAGGGAGUUCCAAUGAAUGGGAUGGUUUAUCCAGAAGUCCUCAGAAUUCAGUUUUGUCAUCAAGUUCUUCAAAUGGAAUGGCUGAUGCAGCUUUGGUCCCAUAUAUGGGAACUGAGGUGAAUGGAAAUGGAUUACAGUCUAGUUUAAUUCCUCAUGCUGAAGGAAAUUUCAAUCUGUCAUCUCUUCCCAGCAUUCAGGAUGUAACUACCGAUAACACUCUUUAUGACCAACUUCAACAAGUAAUGGCAGAGGCAACAAACUCGAGAAGAGAAGCAUUUGAAGAGGCAAUGAAGCGUUCAGAAGCUGAGAAAGAUGCUCUUGUGGCUAUUCGUAAGGUCAAAGCAUCAGAAAUCCUGUAUGCACAAGAGUUAAAGCAAAGGAAAGAAAUUGAGGAAGCAUUAGCAAAAGAAAAAGACAAACUUGGCAAGAUGAAGAACCAGCGAGAUGAGGUCAGGAUAGAACUUCAAGCUGCCUUGGGUCAGAAAUCAUCACUGGAGAACCAAAUUGCAGAAUCUGAAAAGGAGGUUAAGGAGCUCCAGGAGAAGAUAUUCUCAGCUGUUGAACUCUUGCAGAAUUAUAAGAAAGAAAGAGACGAAUUGCAGAUGGAGCGAGACAAUGCACUCAAAGAGGCUGAAGAGUUGCGGAAAAGUCGAGCUGAGCCCUCAGGUGCACAUAUGCAUCAGUUUUUCACUGAGUUCUCUUUCACGGAAAUUGAGGAAGCAACUCUCAACUUUGAUCCCUCUCUGAAGAUUGGGGAAGGGGGAUAUGGGAGUAUUUAUAAAGGUAAUCUGCGUCAUACCACUGUGGCUAUAAAGAGGUUGCAUUCUAAUAGCUUGCAAGGUCCAUCGGAAUUUCAACAAGAGGUUGAUGUUUUGAGUAAGAUGAGGCAUCCAAAUCUGGUAACUCUGAUUGGUGCAUGUCCUGAUGCUUGGACUCUUAUUUAUGAAUAUCUUCCCAAUGGAAGUCUUGAAGACCGACUUAGCUGCAGAGGCAAUUCCCCCCCUUUAUCAUGGCAAACUCGUAUCCGUCUUGCUACUGAGUUAUGUUCUGUUCUCAUCUUCCUUCAUUCAAGUAAGCCUCAUGGCAUAGUGCACGGUGAUUUGAAGCCUGCAAACAUUCUUCUUGAUGCUAAUUUUGUCACUAAACUGAGUGACUUUGGAAUCUGUCGUCUGCUAAGCAACAAUACAACCAUCUGCUGUAGAACUGACCCCAAAGGAACUUUCGCAUACAUGGAUCCAGAGUUCCUUUCAACUGGAGAACUUACUCAAAAGGCUGAUGUUUACUCUUUUGGAGUCAUUUUGUUACGGUUGUUGACAGGAAGACAAGCCUUGGGUAUAAUAAAGGAAGUGCAAUAUGCAUUAGAUAAUGGAAAUUUGAAAAAUCUCUUGGAUCCUUUGGCUGGAGAUUGGCCUUUUGUGCAAGCUGAGCAAUUGGCUAACCUAGCUUUGAGGUGCUGUGAAAUGAAUCGGAGGUGUCGGCCUGACCUUUCAACAGAUGUGUGGAGGGUGCUGGAGCCAAUGAGGGCUUCAUGUGGAGGCUCAUCCUCGUUUCAGCUGGGUUCUGAAGAGCAAUGCCAUCCUCCUUCCUAUUUUAUCUGCCCCAUUUUCCAGGAAGUAAUGCAAGAUCCUCACGUAGCAGCCGAUGGUUUCACAUACGAAGCAGAGGCUUUGAGAGGUUGGUUGGAUAGUGGACAUGACACCUCACCCAUGACAAAUAUUAAGCUGGCACAUUCCAAUCUCGUUCCUAACCUUGCUCUUCGCUCUGCCAUUCAGGAGUGGCUGCAACAACACUAAAAUGCAGUACUACCAUUUUAGUUUUUUGCUUCUAUAUAUUAGUUUGUUGUUUAUAAUUGUACCCUUGUGUAGCCAAAAGCUAAAAAGAAAAAACCCGAUUUCUCUCUCAAAGUAUAAUAUAUAUAUACACGCAUACGAGAGAGAUUUAUUUGCACUCAUAAAAUUAGUUUUACACACUUCUGUUAUUUAUUAGUUUUGUGUAUGAUUAAUGUAUUAAUUAUCCUUUUAUCUAUUUUGUAAAAAGUUUUUAAUCGUUAAAUAUAUUAGUAAAAAUAUUGUUUUA